GCGAGCCAGCGCCACGUAUUGACGGUUCGGCUCCCCAAGUAUCUGGCAACCCUGGUCACUUUCAAAACUUUCAAAAGUAGAUUUUUCUCGAUUGCCUCAAAGAAAAUUUGUGAUAAACUUUCAUUAUUACUAUUCCCAUCACCAAUUAGUUCAGCAAAUUGACCAAGAUGGAACCGAUGACAUUGGGAUCACCCGUGGGCAGUCCAGGGCAGACUCCAGGAAGUCCUGUAAACAAUUCAGCAUAUCUCCCGAGUUUUUUACUGGGGGAGACGGCCCAUACGCCUGGAAGGAUGGCCAUGUCCAGUGUUUCUGACAAUACAUCUCGUUUCUCAACCAUCAACAGUCCUCCAAGCCUCCCGUCACCAAUUUCAAGCUAUGGAAGCCCGGAUUACCGUCACAAUCGUCAAAAGGCCAUGUUUGCGAAUGCAACAUCUCCAGGAACCCCCAGGAUUGGUGCUGAGUGUCAUGCAGGGGGUCCUCCCACGAGAGAUCUCUUCGACACUUUUGAAACAGCUCCGCCAGGGGAAUCAUUUUCUGGAGGAAAUAGAAGAAGUUUUCCAAGGAAUUUACUUAAUAGUAAUGAUCCUUUGUUUUUGGACAGUCCUAACAUUGGCACUGGGGAGAGCCAGGGCCUACUCAAAUGGAUCACAAUAUUUGGAUUUCCUCCGAGUGCUAUAAAUAUAGUCCUCUCGCACAUUUCAAACAGAGUCAGGAUUGUCGAUAAGCAUCCUCCCCCUCAGCCACAAAGUAACUGGAUUCAUUUGAAAUGUGCGACUGAACAAGAAGCACAGAGAGCAUUAGCCUGUAAUGGGAACAUUGUCUCUGGCUUUAUCAUGAUUGGAGUGACUCCUUGUAUCGAUGAGGGGGUCGUCAUGAGUCCUGACAAAGAAAACAGAAAGGCCAAUGGCAGCAUGAGAAUCUUCUCAUCAUCUAACAAAAUGACCAUACCUGACUCUGCCAACAUUUUGCCUAGUCCCAACAGUUCCAUUAACAAAAGAGUCAUAUUUAAUACUCAGUACAGCCCUUCAAAUAUUAGACAACCUGACAACGUCCCUCAGAGAUCCACUGGAAUCGUUUCUAAGGCCAUGGAAUAUGUCUUCGGGUGGUAAUUUAUGUUCCAAAGAGAAGAUCAACAAUUUUUGUAUACAUCAUUCACUAUUGAUUGCAAAGGCUUGUUCAUUAAUUUUUAUUUGUAUUUUCUUUUUUUUUUUUUGUUCCUCUUUUGACUGAAUUACCUCAAAUUUGCAGUAAUGAAUUAUUAAUUUUCAAGGACGAGUGGACAAGUUUUGAGAAUGUUUUAUUGAGCAAUUAAUGCAUUAUUUUGGGUAUUUCUUAAGUGAAAAGAGAAUUAAUUAAAUGUCAUUGGUUUAUUUAUUUAAAUUUUGGAAAUCGAUUUCCCUUUGAAUGAGGGUGAAUUAUAUUGAAAAACAAUUGAGAAAAACUUAAGUCAGGGUUGAUUAUGGAGUCAAUCAUUGGAAUUAUUCAAUUUGUCAUUAGAGUUUAAAAUUUUAAUAAAAUUUUAAUACUUCGGUAUAAUCAUUAAUAUAAUACAUUUUGCACGUGAAAAAAGGAAAUUUAUCACUAAUUAUUAAUAAUCAUCAUUUUUAUUCGUUUCCUAAUUGUUCUACUUAUGCUUAGAUAAUCGUUACAGUCUUCUGGGACCAAUAUAUGAAUAAAUAAUAAUAACUCUGAAUUCUCGUUAAAAAUUUUUUUUUUCUUUUUUUUCUCAAUUCAAGGGUUGAUUUUUACUACUUAGGAUUCUCGAUAGUUGCACUCCCCAAAUCGGUCAUUUUUGGAUAUUUGACUUUUUUCUUGUCGAGUUCAUCCUGCGCCCACAGUAUCAUCUUCAAGAGAUUGUUUAGUCUUGGGCUUGUCGAUUCUCUGUGCUCCAUUUUCAAAAUUGCAGUAUUUAAUUCGCUUGCAAUCUACAAGCCGGAAAAAUAAUUUGUUAAAUUUGAGAUACAUAAUUAAUUGAAAAAAUUUAAUAUAAUACUUGAAUGAAUGAUAUUUAAAAUGAUUAUUCAACAUAUCAACUUCAUUAAUAAUUAGAUUUACAAAAGAAGAAGGAAUUUUCUUCAAUUCAGUACUCGAAUGAAAUUGUACCUUUUGUCUGUGCGAUGGAUGAAGCAAAUCACUGAAAGGGCUUUUCAUAGGCUCCUCAAACGCCAACAAAGCCAGAGUUCUCUCCAAUUCACUCAAAAUAUUAUCGUCAGACUCACCAGCCUCACUAAGUUGAUCUUGGGCAAACUGCAAUGCUUCUUCUAUUCGCCCAGUACGAAUGAGUUCAAUGAGGUGUAGCUGUUGCAAGUGAAAAUACAAGUAUCUGUCAUUAUCAAGUAACUCGGGAUGGAGUUGAUUGACAAGGUCCGUGGCCUCCUGGAUUCUGCCAUUUUGAACUGCAUCGCGAAUGCGAAUUCUAUCAUCCAUCGAGUUCAGUUCUACUGUUGGGCCCACACCAGAUUCUUGUUGGAAUUUUUCAGCUGCUUCUUUAAAACCCUCUGAAGGAUUUCAAAUUUACUUUUAAGCGACUGCAUCAAUUAUGGAAUCGAUGGGUGCAGGAAAUUGAUGACUCGCUUUUUGUGUGUUUAGGAAAUUUUGCACUAUUUCAAAAAUUACUGUAACUCUCUACCAAAAAAUCGAGGAUCUCAAAUUACUAAAAAUGGCAAUGAUGUGAAAUAUUUGAACGAAAAAAUGUCACUAAACAUAAGCAAUACUGUAUUCUUGAAAAUAAAAAUAAAUGAUUUUUAUGAAAUGUAAGGUAAAUGUAGCUAUGCCCGUCUUUGCCCCUACGCUCGUCCAAAUCCUGCCAGCUAUGACAUUUCAAUCAUUUUGAUAGUCCCAAGAGUCUAUUAAGAGUGAAGU